CUGUACACUUCGCCAUUGACGGACCUACGAUCAGGGGAAAGGGUCAGAGAAGUACUUCGACAAGCAGCAGCUGCACGUUUCUCCCGUAUCCAACCCCAACUUGAGCUACCAUUUUUUAACACUUGGCUCAAAGUCUCGUUUUAUUUCCUGUGGAUACUUUCGGUUGACAACCGUGUAUCGGCGUCACUAAGGAAGGUUUUUUUUUUUUUACCCCACAUUCUAGAAGUAACGGGCAGCGAAGAACCUCGGCUAGCGACAGCUAUAACGAGGCUAGCAGGCUAACGUUAGCUAACGCUAGCUAACGUUAGCUAGCGACCUGGCUAGCUGCACGCGAGCUGAGCACUGCUCGGUGGGGCGGCGGGGGGGGCAUCAGCUUGCCUACAGUGUCGUUUGAUGGAUCCAAGAAUCGCCUGGUUUCAACCAGAACAACGUGGACCCGCGAACAACCUGUGGAUGCAGAUUUGGGAGACGACCCAAGGGCUCGGCUACUUACAUGUAAAUAACAGCUACACCACCGGAUCCCAGAGCACGUCGAGCCUGAAGGCGAUCGUCAACGGGGCGUCGGGAGUCGUCCUCGCCGGCAGGAACGGGGCAUUAGACUCAAACACCGGCGGCAUUGAAGCCAGGACUCAGGGCAUGUUGUCCACAAUGGGGGACAGAUCGAUCACGGCACAGCGGGACUUUAUACCACUGGAAAGCAAUAGCAACCACAACAACCGAGCCGGCGGCAGGGGCGGUGUCGUCGGAGGGGGGCAGCAGCAACAGGGCAGCGGGGUCGCUGUGCUUUCGAGGUGGUUGACGGACGGACACCCCAACAAAAGGAAAAGAGACAACAAAGCUAGCACUUUCGGAUUCAAUUCUAGCCUCUUGAACAGUGGCACCAGCUCCAACACUCGAGGCGACGAUGGUUACGCGGGCACGCCGUGGAAAGUCAGGAACUACUCGGAAGGAAUUGUCGGGUUACACGAGGAGGUCAAUGACUUCUAUGAGUACAUCUCCCCACGGCCAGAGGAGGAGAAGAUGAGACUGGAGGUAGUGGACAGAAUCAAGGGAGUCAUCCACGACCUGUGGCCCAGUGCUGAGGUUCAAGUCUUUGGGAGUUUCAGCACUGGUCUUUAUCUGCCAACAAGUGACAUUGACUUGGUUGUGUUUGGGAAGUGGGAGACACUCCCGCUCUGGACGCUGGAAGAGGCUCUCCGGAAGAGGAACGUCGCAGAUGAGAACUCCAUCAAGGUUUUGGACAAAGCCACGGUUCCCAUCAUCAAGCUGACCGACUCCUUCACUGAGGUCAAAGUGGACAUCAGCUUCAAUGUAAAGAGUGGCGUUAAAGCUGCCCGGCUCAUCAAGGAAUUCAAAGAGAAAUACCCUGUGCUGCCUUACCUGGUCCUGGUGCUGAAGCAGUUCCUACUGCAGAGGGACCUCAAUGAGGUUUUUACCGGUGGAAUUGGCUCCUACAGUCUCUUCCUCAUGGCUGUCAGCUUCCUGCAGCUUCACUACCGGGAAGAUGUGUGCAGCCCCAACAUCAACAUCGGCGUUCUGCUCAUUGAAUUCUUCGAGCUCUACGGCCGCCACUUCAACUACCUGAAAACGGGCAUCAGGAUAAAAGACGGAGGCUGCUACGUUGCCAAAGACGACGUUCAUAAGAACAUGAUGGAUGGCUACAGGCCAUCCAUGCUCUACAUCGAGGACCCACUGCAGCCUGAUAACGAUGUUGGUCGGAGUUCAUACGGUGCCAUGCAGGUGAAGCAGGCAUUUGACUACGCCUACGUGGUGCUCAGCCACGCCGUGUCACCCAUCGCCAAGUACUACCCCAAUAACGAGACCGAGAGCAUACUGGGCCGAAUAAUUCGGGUAACACAGGAAGUGGAUGACUACAGGGAAUGGAUCAGAAAGAACUGGGGGAGCCAGUCUCAGAAUGAUCUGCCACUCAACAGAAAUGACGUCACACUGUUUGAGUCCCAGCAGCUCGAUGAGUGCAACAACAACAACGUUCCAGAUGAUGAUGAUGAUGUUGUUGUAGUUCUACCGUCUGCUCCCCGCAGCAAAACCUCCUCCAAUUCCUCCUCUCCAUCACUGCGGUCCUCUCCCUCCUCUUCUCCGCUGUCGCCUUCCUCCACGACCUCAACUUCCAGCUCCAGUGACGUGGACUCUGAUGGCACGCCGUGUAAGACAGCCAAGCAGCAGUCUGGCCGGGGCUCCAGCGCCCACAAAGAAAAGUCUGCCGUCGUCAAUAAUAACCGACCACAGAGCCAGGCAAACAGCACUCCUUCUGCAAGCAACAAGAGUGGAAAGGCCAGGAUGUCUCGUCCUAACCAUAAGAGCGGCCAGCAGAGCUCCUCCUCUACCACCAAAAGCCAUCAGAGCAACAAGCCACACCACCAGGGCAACAGCAAGAAGAGGAAAAAUGCGCGGGACUCUACACAGGAAGACCUCUGCAGAUAGGGGGGGGGACCUCGCCUGCCCCACCCCCCUCCUCUCUGCCGUCUCCCUCUUCCCGUCCUUGUCUGCAACUGACUGACUGUCCUGUCCCACUUCUGCUGCCAGACUCCAGCCUCGGGAGGUUGUUAGAAGUAUUAAAACAUCUACAGAUUCUGUCUCUGAGCUUUUCGGGGUGACAAGCAACAAUUUCGAGCAGAAAAAAAAAAGAAGAAAAAAAAGAAUUGUUAUAGGAAAUGGGGUUUAAUUUCUUGAACUUGAACUGAAAUCACAAUGGACACAAGCUCAUUUGCUUCCCAAUAGCUUCUUUUAUGGAGUGGUGUUCCUUCCUGCAGCCAGCAUCUACACGACAUGCCUCUUGCGCCUCCUGCUGUACAGGAAUAGACAGGUCCGGUGUCUGGAAUCUACUCUGCAGCAAUACCUGGAACCUUCUGCUGGAAAAUGGGAUGAGAAAUGUUAUCCCCCCCAAAAAAAGAAGAAAAAAAGCAAAUGGCUGAAAAUGUACAAAAUCAAAAAUGUCAUGUUGAUCGACAGAAAAACAUGUACACAGAUUUUAUUAAGAUGAUAACUUACAAAUGCAAUCAGUAAGAGUGGGACAUAACUUAUGCAUGGAAAUUUUUUUUGUUGAUUGAUUGUUUUUUUUUUCUUCUGUUGGUUUAAUCUGUUUUGUUAUGUCUCAACAGGUUAUACAAAGAUUUGUACAAAAAAAACGCAUAGGAAAAAAGAAAAAAAAAAACGUUUAAAAAAAAUAGAUUUAAAAAAGUAAAAAGAAAAUGUUUUCAUAUGACCUUUUUACAAGAUAUACCGAUUGAAGACAUGUAAACGUGCACAUCUUGUGCCCUCAGCUUUUUGGCCAAAGCCAAGAGCUAGUUCUGGUCCCAUUGCCAACAUAUAUCAUCAGCAUCUACUUUUACUUCUGAUUGCUCUCUAUGAGUGUGCUACAGUGUUAACAUUUAGCCUUUAGUGAGCCAAUGCUCACAUACAGCCCUAUAGAUGACUGGAGGGAGUCUGAUCUCUCCCAGCUCAAUAGCACAGCCACACCAGUUUAGAGGCUUUAAGAGGUUUAAAUUAAUAAGGAAAGGGGAAGAAGGGGGGGGUGGGGGGGAAUAGUGGUUUUAUCGAGAACAUCCUACACUUGAAAAAGAAAUGUGUUAACAAUACAACUGUGGGUGAUAAUCUGUUCCUUUGGUAAUUUACCCACUGCAAAAAUAAUUUGUAUUUGUUAAAUGUAUUUAUUUUUUUAUUAUAUGAACACAGUAUGGAUAAAUGUAUUAUUAACAUUAGAGCCCAUAUCUUUGAGUCCUAUAUUUGAAGUUGCAUAAUUUGCGGGAAGGGUUAGGUGCAAACAGUUAUUUUCAGGUACAGUAAAAUUACCAACUUUCGUUAUUUCAUUGGAUUGUUUUUUUUGUUUUUUUUGGUUCAGUGACAGUUGAGUGACCAUUUUGCAAGUCCUACAGUGCGAAUUCUGUUUUAAUAUGUGGCUGGUCUACUUACUUUAAAAGGGAGCUGAUUUUUAAAAUUUUGUUUCAUAAUCACAACAACGAACAACAAAUAUGUCAACCCCUCUCUGUCGUUGCAGUACAUCAACUAAUCUGUAGAUGGAGUCAUUGCUUGUAGUCUGAAUCCACAGAGUUUGGGCUUGAAUACUGCAUUUGGAUGUUUCAUCUCUGCGUUAUUAUUUUUGUGAUUGAUAAUAAUUCUGAUAUUUCGACUUGAUGAGCAGCUGAACAUAGUGACACCUGUCGAGUGCUUGCUCGAGGGAGUUACACACCAAAGCACAUCACAAUCCUCUUAUUGCCUCUCGCCCAAAUGUGACAACAAUCACAGUAAAACAACAAAAUAAAGUAGCCAGCAAUAACGACCAUCCUUCAUGAUGAUAUACUAUUACCCCACAAUGACGGCUGCAGCCACAUAAUGACAUGCUGACCUCUGAGCACGCUUAAUAUUCUGUGUUAAGACAGUGAAGCACAUUUUCAUGAGUCCAUGCACCAACUCACGGCCAAUUAUAAUGGACCGCGCAGCGUUGGGAAGAGCGGUUUCUUGCCUCCUCCAUCAGUGUCCCAGUUGCGGUUUAAAUGCAGUAUGUGAGCGCAGGUUUUGUGGUAGACGGACAAGGAGAAAGGUGAAUGAAGUUAGCCGUGCCAUUUGAAUGUCCACUGACCAUCUCUCGUCACUGCAGGGAGGCUUCAAACCUUCCAAAACCCGACUACUCAUCUGAAACGUCGUUUCUCUGCAGCUACUACAAUUCAUGCAAUAAAAAACAGUACAAUUAAA